AUGAUUAGCAGUGAGGAAAAAAUUAGGGGACCAGCUUUAUCUGAGGCUGAUACAAGGGAUUUCAGGAACUUCAAUGAGGAUUGUAUGCUCAAUCAUUUGAAAAUUGUGGGUUAUUUCUUCACUUGGAAUAAUAAACAAGAAUCUGAUACUAGAGUUUGGAGUAAGCUUGAUAGGCCAUUGGUUAAUGAUACGUGGAUCAAUAGAUUUAAUGCAAGUCAUGCUGAAUUCCUUCUUCCAAGCUUCUCAGAUCAUUCUCCUGCUCUAAUUUCAAUCUAUGAAGACUGUAUGCAAGGGGAAAAGCCCUUUAAAUUCUUUAAAAUAUGGAUUAAAUACCCUAGUUUCUCCCCCACAGUUUUAGAUAUCUGGAAGGAAACCAUUGGAGGAUACAAAAUGUUUUCAGUCUACAAAAAACUUAAACUGCUGAGGGAGUCUCUGAAGGUUUUAAACAAAAAACAUUUUUACAAUAUAAGGGAGCAAGUUCAAAGAGCUAGAAUUGCAUUAAAGGAUGCUCAAAAGGAUCUUCAAGCUUAUCCUCUUAAUCCUCAGAAAGCCAGGAUUGCAUGGAAUUUGCAAGGUGACAGGUAUACAAGCUUCUUUCAUGCUAUAGUAAAAUCAAACAAGCACAACAAUAGAGUGGCUGUUCUAUAUAACAAUCUAGGGGACAGAAUCACUAAUGGGGAAGAGAUUGUAAAUGAAUUAAUUACAUAUUACAAGAACCUUAUGGGUACAACUGUGAAUACAAUUCCUCCAGACAGGGACAUCAUAAAAUCAAGUCCUUGCUUAUAUGUUUCUCAAGCGAGUGCUUUAUCUUCUCCAGUUACAAAGGAGGAAAUAAAAUCUGCUAUCUUCUCUAUUUUUGAAAACAAGGCUCCUGACCCUGAUGGAUACAAUAUGACAUUUUUAAAUCUUCAUGAUGAUCUUCUCUUGUUCUCUAAAGGUGAUCAUUACUCUGUGCAAAAGUUAUAUCAAUGUGUUAUAGAGUUUAGUGAAAUUCUGGUCUUGAGGCUAACCCUGAAAAAUGUUCUAUUUUCUUUGGAGGUGUGGAUGAAUCAAAUGAAGCACAAGAAUCUCUCAUAUGCUGGGAGAUUACAAGUGAUUAAGAGUGUGAUACUUGGAAUCCAAAUUUUCUGGACAUUAAAUUUUGUUCUUCCUGUCAAUGUUCUUCAGAGAAUUGAUGAGUUAUACGGAAAAUUUUUAUGGAGUAAAUCGAGCCAAGGUCCGAGGCCUCCUCUUGUUUCAUCGGAGAGGGUGUGUCUGAGGAAGGAACAAGGUAGGUUGGGGGUGUUUUUGGCUCCUGUGUGGAAUGUUGCUUCUGCAUUGAGAAGCAUAUGGUAUAUCCAUGUUAAUAAGGAGUUAUUGUGGAUUAAAUGGAUCCAUGAUACAUACUUAAAGCAUAGGGAUAUUUGGCAUGAAAGAAACAACAGAAUUUUCCAGCAAAAGAGCAAGGGUCCAGAUACUUUAGUUAGAGAGAUUAAGAUGGAGAUAUUGUACUUUGUCCUCAACAGUCCUGAUAUUAUCAAGGACUGUUUGUUUUGA